AUAUUUUCUUGUUGAAGAAGAUAACCUAAACCCACAACCCACUUCUCCAAUCCUUCUUGAAGUUUUCACUCACUAACUCCCUAAAUGCCUUCAAAGUCAAGAAUUAUUAGGACAAACUUUCUUAUCCAAUAAGGGUAAAAGCUUUCGAUAAUGGUGAAACCAUUCUUGCCGGCUCCCGGGACUGCCCAACUCCCGGAUGUAGCCACACCGGACGGGAGCUAAGAUCCCGGGACCUUCCAAAAUAACCCACCAAGUCCAACGUCCACUAUAUAUACAACCCAUGUAAGUAUUGCUAACGCCGGGACGACAUCAUAGUUUUCAUCACAUCAUUUUUUCGCUCAAAGGUUUUGAUUUGCAACCGCCAUGGCUGCCGCCGUCGCCGCCGUAUUAAUCGGCGUUCUUCUUAUUAUCGGGUCCUCGGCCGCCGCGGAGGCGGCGCCUCGGCGGCGGCGGCCUUGCAAGAGGAUGGUGUUCUAUUUCCACGACAUACUGUACAACGGGAAGAACGCCGGCAACGCGACGGCGGCUAUCGUGGCGGCGCCGGCGUGGGGGAACACGACGAUCCUGUCGGGGCAGAACCAUUUCGGGGACGUGGUGGUUUUCGACGACCCGAUCACGAGGGACAACAAUCUGCACUCGCCGGCGGUGGGGAGGGCGCAGGGAAUGUAUUUGUACGACAAGAAGGAAAUUUUCACGGCGUGGCUAGGGUUCUCCUUCGUCUUCAAUUCGACGGAGCUGAAAGGGUCGCUGACGUUCGCCGGCGCCGAUCCGCUGAUGAACAAGACGAGGGACGUGUCGGUGAUCGGCGGCACCGGCGACUUCUUCAUGGCCAGAGGAAUCGCCACGCUCUCCACCGACGCCUUUGAAGGAGAGGUUUAUUUCAGGCUCUGUACGGACAUCAAGCUCUACGAGUGUUGGUAAUGAAUAAUUCAAAAAUUAAAUGUAUACAAUAUAUAGAUAUAUAUAUGUAAUGUUGUUAAUGGUGUAUUUCGUUUGCAUCUUCAAAAUGUGUAAUCUUCGAUUUUUUAUUUUUAUUUUUAAUAGUUAUUAUCUUCAAUCAUUGUUUUUCACGUGAUUAUUUGUAUGACAAAAUGUAUUGAUCCACUUGGUUCAACAUGUUCAAGCACUCAUUCAACAAGAAGCAGUAUUUUUAUUUGCAUUUUACUAAAAAUUUAUGUU